UCUUCAUCUUGCGCCGUGCGACACCGCCUGCGCUGGCGCCAUUACCAUGACUUUGACGCUGCGCAACGAGGAGCUGCGCAGCUUCUUCUUCGUCGCUUGAUCGGUGGCCAUGGAGAGGUUCCGCCGGACUAGCUCUCCGCCUGAGCGCGCGCGGUUGGCAUUGGUGGGCAGCGGCGAUGCGGCCCAGGCGAGGAAGAGACCGAGUAUUGGGCGGGCGGCUGAGACCUUUCAAAGCAAGUUAAUUGCCUCGUUCAGGGGCGUGAGGAGGAGGCCAUCGGGAGAGGCAUUGUCGCAAGCCGGCUCAAGUCCGUUCUUCAACGCCUUCUUCCGUCUGCCGAAUGAGCUUCACAUCCAUAUCCUGAGCGAGCUGUCCAUUGCCGAUCUGCUCGCGCUGCGCAGGACUUCGCGCGCCCUGAACGAUCUGAUCACAGCAUGCGGCCCGGCCUUGGUCCGCUUCUGGGUGAAGCACAAAAUGGGCACUCUUCACACCAGACUCUAUCCACCUCCGGCACCUAAUGAAGCCGACCUCCACUAUCUCCUCGCCAUGAGGCGUCGUCACAUAGCCUCGGUUAGGCUGACCCGGGAACUGGCGAAAUUCGUCCUCAAAGACACCCUCAGGCACACCAACGAGCGCCAGCGGCAGAUGUGGACCUCGGUGUACGAGAAGAUGAUCCCCCUGGUUUUUGGCGUCGGCUACUUUCUCGAGGAGCACCGCCGCGCAAUCUUGAUACGGGAUCUUGGACGCAUCCGUCCCCGGUCUCACAUUGGAUAUGAUAUUUGCACGACGCCGGCGAUCACGAACGUAGAGCGGAAGAUAUUGAGGAAACUGGACGCGCCGUUGCGCCUGCAAUUCUUCUAUAUGUACUGCUUCAUCGUCCAGGUAUUGGCGCGCAAGCUGCGGCCUCCCACGUAUGCUGGGUCGGUUGAAAAGGUGCUACGGGGUUGGUCUCGCAAGCCUGCUUGUGCCGAAGAUAUUGCCUUCGUUCUUGUCCUUGGCGGCGUCGGGCAGGUGGCCAAACUGCUCGCUUGCCAGAACUACAGCGAGCGUCAGAGGCUGCUGCAUGCCUUCAUAACCCGCAUGUCGCCCCACGAGAGUGUGCACUGGAGGAAGCACUGGAGGGAUGCUGGUGUCACCUCGCCAGCACUGUUAGAUGAUAUCCCGUGCAGCAGUAUUGGUAUCACGCAACUCGACCAGAUCUGGGAACCUUUGGUAGCAGAGAUGAUGGGCGUGGAAAGCAGGACGUAUACAGAGCAAGAGAAGGAAAGGUACGAGCAAGUGCGGGCCUCGAGGAACUAUCUUAACGAGUUAAUGGGCUACGAUAUAUUGAGAGGGCGUCCUGCGGAUGCUGACGACUCUGGCGACGAAGGGCACGACGAUAUGUAACGUUAGAUGGGUG